UAUGUGUGUAAAGAUAUGUAAAACAUACAAUAAAUUUAUAAUAUGACUUCAUUAAAAAAGUACUCAAGAGUGGAAUUUUCUUCCAAUGUCACUAAUUAAAUACUGCAUUAUAAACCAAACACCUUCUUUUAUCCAUUUAAAUAAAAUAUACGUAUACAAAAGUAAAAUAUAAAGUUAAAUUUUUAAUGACCGAUGAAUAGCUAUCGACUCAAAAUUUGAUGUUACUGGCAUUGAAAAUGUAAUUAUCAGUCACGAGCCGCGAGUCGCGACAUAAUAUCAUACAAUCAUUUUUUAACCGUGCGCCAUAUUUCUUUAACUGGGAACACAAAUGCGCAUGAACAGAUCACCUCAUGACGUCAUCAGGUACCGACGGCUCGCUGGAACUACACGCGUCACGCAUGCUCCGACCUCCGUCUAAUAGUAAAAGAUCUAUGAUUUUGUGCCGAGGUAAACAAUGAAUACAGUGAUCAAUAGCUUUUCUAAAAAUGAAUCAGAAAUACACGAAUUUCAACAAAAGAGACCUAAAUUCAUUUAUGCACAGUGCAAUACUGAAGAAUCAUACGAAAGAAUGCCAUUUUAUACCACAAUAAUGGCCACUUUGGGAUUCUAUUUUUUGAUAAUUAUUGGCUUGGUGAAUCAUUUAAUAUUUACUCCCAAAGUAGCAACAGAGAAAAAUCGAGAUGGUUAUCCUCCAUUGUACAACAAGUUUGAAAGUAUAUUUCUAAGGUAUGUGUUUCGGCGAGUGAAAGAUUGUUUUAAUCGUGUAGUAUGUGGUCUACCAGGUGGAUUAAUAGAAAUUCGUGACAGAGUUACUCAUGAUAAUAACUGGUCAUUUGAGGUCUUAGAUACAACAUCUAAAUUUUUGAAUUUAGGUUCAUAUAACUAUUUAGGUUUUGCUCAAAAUACUGGAUUAUGCUUUGAUGACACAGUUAGAGCAAUAAAAAGAUAUGGCUGGACAAUUGGUAGUUCUCGUCAAGAACUAGGCACCAACCCUUUACACCUUGAAUUAGAAAAACUUACAGCUGAAUUCUUAGGGGUUGAUGAUGCCAUAGUAUUUGGAAUGGGAUUUGCUACUAAUGCUCUCAAUUUACCAGCCAUUAUUACACCACAAUGUUUAGUCUUAAGCGAUGAGUAUAAUCAUGCAUCAGUUAUCUUAGGAAUUCGAUUAUCAGGAGCUAUAUCUAUGGUCUAUAAACAUAAUGACGUGGAAAAUUUAGAAGAACUGAUCCGCAAAAAUAUUGUAACUGGUCAUCCAAAAACAAAAAAACCUUGGGAAAAAAUAUUUAUCAUAACUGAGGGUAUUUUCAGUAUGGAAGGAUCUAUAGUAAAACUUCCUGAAAUUAUUGCUAUAAAAAAAAAAUACAAAGUAUAUUUAUAUGUUGAUGAAGCUCACAGUAUAGGAGCUUUAGGACCAAAUGGAGGCGGUGUUUUGGAUUACUACAAGUGUUGUCCAAAAGAUGUAGACAUUCUGAUGGGAACAUAUACUAAAUCGUUUGGUUCUGCUGGAGGGUAUAUUGCUGGAAAUAAAGAUUUAAUAGAUUAUCUAAGGAAGAAUAGUCAUGCUUCAUGUUAUGCUAUGUCUAUGUCACCUCCAGUCGCUCAAAUAAUAAUAAGCUCUAUGUCAGUAAUAAUGGGAAGACGGCAGUGUGAUGAAGGACAAAGACGAAUUAAUCACCUAGCAAGUAAUGUUCAAUAUUUCAGGAAGAAGUUAAAAGCUAUGGGUUGUAUUGUCUAUGGUAAUGAUGAUUCACCUGUUGUUCCUAUGCUUGUGUAUAUGAUAUCUAAAGUGGGAGCUACAAUUCGAGAGUUUAACAAGUACAAUAUAGCCACGGUUGGUGUAGGAUUUCCAGCUACACCUUUGUUACAAAGCAGAAUACGUUUUUGCAUGUCUGCUGCACUUACUAAAGAACAACUUGAUGAAGUUCUUGAAGUUACAGAAAAAGUAGUGGAUAAAAUUGGCUUGCGAUACUCAAGAAAACCUAGACCUACUACUCAUAUUCUGUAUGACGAUGGAAUCUGAUACUAUUUUUAUAAAAGCAAACUUUUUGAAGUAAUUUAAUAUUAUUUUACUAGUAUUGUAUAUGACUAGUACACUGUUAUACAUGUUCUAUUUUUGAAUAGUCCGAAAAUUACUUAUUAUUGUGUUAAAACUUUACGAUUAUUCAUGACAUAUUAUAUU